AUGGAACUGAUGUUAAUGGAGCAGCAAUUACUCCGGUCACCACUACGCCUCUACGCUGGAUCUGGCGACGAAGAGGCCGAGAAGCGAGCUGCCUGGGCGCGAACACCACCAGCAUUACAGCUCCUGGCCCUUGGACGACCUUGGCCCUGGCCACAGCCGUUGAACCUUCCACCAGAUCUGUGGCUGCAGAAGCCGACGCCGCCCCUUCGAUAUUGCCCUUACCCGCCCCCGCAGAGACCAGACCACAGCCCUUCUCCAAGACAUCCCUUGUAA